AUGGAGAAAGGGAAUGAUUAUGCAUGUCCUAUAACACGUUCUAUAGCAGAUUCAACAAUAAAUCCAUCCACAAAUCCUCCCUCCCAGAUGAUAGCAAUACCAUUCUGUCCACUGGGAUCGACGUCUCCAACAGGAAAUCCAUCAACCAAUCUACCAACCCAGGUGAUACCAAUACCAUGUUAUCCGGAUUUUUCAAACUAUAUGCAUGGUUGCCAUCCACUAAUGCCAAAUACGUGGUUACCCCCAUUUUUCGAGUGUCCUGAAGCCAGUGCAUCUUCACAAACUAGUCAGGGAAUUCCGCCGCCCCCAUUUAUCUCGAUUCUUAACCCUUCGAUUGGUUUACACUCUGUAAGUUCAAGCCAUGUUGAUGAAACCCAAGAUCCCACACCUGAGUCUACUGGAAAAAGUAUGGAUACUGUUGAUGGGAGGAGUGAUGAUCAAUCUGGGGCACAUGAUAUGCUGCCGCAGACUGAGGGGGCUGAUAUUGUUGAGGAGCCGAAAUUGGGGAUGGUGUUUAAAUCUGAAGAGGACUUACUGUCUUAUUAUAAAAGAUAUGGGCAACAAUGCGGUUUUGAGAUAAUGACUCAGAGGAGCCAUAGGUUUGAGGAUGGGAGCCUUAGAUAUGGCUCAUUGGGUUGUGCUCGGGGUGGGAAGGCACGUAACCGUACGUCAAAUGUUGCCAGGCCACAUUCGACAUCAAAGACAGACUGUAAGGCAAGAAUAAAUGUGACGUUAGAAAGAGGUGUGUUCAAGGUGAACAGUAUAGAUAAUUCCCAUAAUCAAGGAUUAAGUCCAAAAAAGUCGAGAUUUUUUCGCUGCAAUAGAGAAGUGAGCGAGUCCGUUAAGAGAGUGUUAGACAUAAAUGAUCAAGCUGGGAUAAGAAUGAACAAGAGUUUUGCCUCUCUUGUGCAAGAAGUAGGUGGGUUUGAGAACUUGCCAUUCAAUGAAAAGGACUGUCAGAAUUAUAUUGACAAGGCACGCCACCUUCGACUUGGGAAAGCUGGUGUUCGAGCCCUCCGUGAGUAUUUUGCGCGGAUGCAAUACAAAAAUGACGGAUUCUUUUCACUAAUGGAUAUGAAUGAUGAUGGACGGUUGAUGAAUGUAUUCUGGGCGGAUGCACGAACUAAGGCAGCCUACAAAUAUUUUGGUGAUGUUGUGACUUUCGACACCACCUAUUUGACAAAUAUAUAUGGGAUGCCGUUUGCACCGUUUGUUGGUGUAAACCACCAUGGCCAGUUGAUUUUGUUGGGCGCAGGAUUAAUUUCUAGUGAAGAUACAGAAACGUUUAUAUGGUUAUUUCAGACUUGGUGUAAUUGUAUGGACGGUGAAACUCCCAAGGCUAUUAUCACGGACCAAGAUAGAGCCAUGAAAAAUGCAAUAAGCUUUGUCUUUCCAAAUAGUCGACACAGAUUCUGCCUAUGGCACAUUUUGAAAAAGUUGCCUGAGAAGCUAGGUUCACAUGGUGCAUUCAAAACUGGAUUGAAAACUGGGUUGUUAAAUUGUGUGUAUGACUCUCACAUAGUUGAGGAGUUUGAGGGGUCUUGGGAAGUGUUAAUUCAGAAGUACAACUUGCAGGAUAAUGUCUGGUUGAAGAGUUUAUACGCUGAGUGUACAUAUUGGGCACCGUUCGAUAAUGCAUUGAGGAAGAAGAUUGAGAAUAAAAGUGCGGCAGACUUCCAGUCAUUCAAUGUUACAAUUCCUGUCGUCUCUCCCUCUCAAGACAUAUACACUUGCAAUAAAUUUAGAGAAGUUCAGAAAGAAGUAAUAGGGAUGCUUGCAACUCUUCCAACUCUACACCAGAAGGAUGGUGUAAUUGCAACAUACAAUAUAGAAGAUGAAGUGAAUGUUGAUGAUUUCAUCAAGGAGGUUACCCACAUGGUCUACUUUAAUGAGGCUGAAUGUGAGGUGAAGUGUUCAUGUGCCUUGUUUGAGAUGAGAAGGGUAUUGUGUAGGCAUGUAUUGGGCAUUAUGAGACUUAACAACGUUCGAUCGGUGCCAGAAAAGUACAUACUAGAUCGAUGGCGAAAAGACAUAAAGAGAACUUACACUCUUAUACGAAGUACUUAUGAUGGGGUUGAUGAGAGACCUGAAGCUAGCAGAUAUUCACGUAUCAUAAAGAAAUGCAACGAAGUAGCCACAAAUGCAUCUUCAUGUGAUGAGCACACGGAGGACAUGCUAGCUAAGUUAGAUGCAAUGAACUUAGGCUACCGCACGAACAAGCCGCCAUCAAAGGUGAAUGUUACAACUGCCGUGGAAACUACAACUGCCACUUCUAAAUAUGUACUGAGUCCUCAUGUAGUGAGAGGAAAAGGCAGAUCGCCAUCUCUCAGGAAAAAAUCCAUGAUUGAACAUUUGAAACCCACGACAAAGAAGACUACUCAGAAAGGAAAACGUAAACAGCCGCAUGGAAUAGAAGGCGAAAUUGUGGAAACUAGAAGGAAUUUAUUUGGUUCCACAGAUGUUGGGACACAACAAAGUGUCACAUUUCAGCCUCCUCAGAACGCUACCAAAGUGUUGAACUUUAGUGCCACCGAGUUAGACUUUGCGGUGAAUGAGACUCAAAAAAGUAUGCAACUUCGAUUGAAUGGAACCCUGCCGGAUAGCUUGUCUGGGACACAACCGUGA